AUGGAGAACGGGUUGGAUUUAACACUGAGGCUGAGUCUGCCAAGUCCGAUCACUGUUGACACAAAUCUGAGCAUCCGCACUCCCUCCACUGAUCAGGGAAUCAACGUCGUCUACGGUGGCCGCCGAGACAACAACGUCGGCGGCGGCAUGGAGAUUCAUCACCGCAACCGUAACCUUCCUUGGGACGCCGAUGAAGUGAGGAGAGACGCCGAACUUGUUAGAAACAACAUCAACGUCAAUGUCAGAGUGUACAACUUAGUCUUCAACCAGUUCGCCGGCAUGGGCGAGACCUUGAACUUCUCUCCUUACCCGAUGCCUGCGUCUUCAUCUUCGGAUUCGUCUUUGACUCCGGCGCCGGCGGCUCCUGCGGUGAAUGAGUAUGUUCUCAUCGAUGUUCCUGCUAGGAGAGCAUAUCGUAACAGCACUUUGGCGGCUGAAAACGCUCUGGACGCAAACGCAAGCCAGAAGUGCCGUCAAGGCUGCCGUGGCUGCUGCUGCAGCCAGAGGAAGUGUACCAACAUUAACUGCAACGCAGUUAGCACUCCUAUGUGGCGUAGAGGUCCUCUUGGUCCAAAGAGUUUAUGCAACGCUUGUGGGAUCAAGUACAGGAAGGAGGAAGACAGGAAGUCCAAGAGAGCUCAAGCAAAUGAUGCGACUACUCAAGCAAAUUGA